UAGAGCCGUGGCUCGGAGUUCGUUGGCAGUCAGUCGGUAAGGAGUACUCUGCGCGGCUGUCCCGUUGGUUUCGAUGUACACGCUCGCAUAGAGAUACUCACGCCUUCUAUACAAACCUACAUUGAAAUCGUUGUCAGCUGAAAGGACUCACGAUAUGAACCCGCGGAAAAUCGACGUGGUCGCGUCACCCGCGUGAACGGUGCGGACAAUUGCGCGGGUGAUCGCGUCGCGGUGCCGAGGCAGUCGAGGUUUCCCCGUUGGAAAUCGCGCGCAGAUUUCCGACGGAGCUGUCAGGCUCGCGAACUUCGGUGUGCACCACGGGCUGCUCGAUUAGAAUGUCGGCGUUGGCCGCGUCCUCGACGUCGCCGCGACAGUGAGAACGACGACGCGCGCCCGCGAUAAGGAGCCGGCCGAGUGUCGUUGAUAAAAACAGCUCCAGGCUGAGCCGUGUUCGCGUCGAGAAAUUUAGAGACCACCGAGGAAAAUGGCGGACCUCGAGGCGGUGCUGGCCGACGUCAGCUACCUGAUGGCCAUAGAGAACAGCAGGGACACCCCGGCUGCUCGUGCCAGCAAGAAGAUCGUCCUGCCAGAUCCCAGUGUCAGAAGCGUAAUGCACAAAUAUCUGGAAAAGAAGAAGGAAGUAACCUUCGAUAAAAUAUUCAAUCAAAUGUUUGGUUACCUUUUAUUCAAAGACUUCUGCGAAAAUGUGUCGGAGGAGCCGGUUCCGCAGCUUAAGUUUUACGAAGAGAUCAAGGCGUACGAGAAGCUCGAAUGCCCUGAAGAGAGGAGAAAGCUUGCCAAAGAAAUCUAUGACAAUUACAUCAUGAAGGAGCUGCUAUCGCACACACAUGAAUACUCCAUGGAAGCGGUGGCCACCGUUCAGGAUUACCUCAUAAAAAACGAAGUUCCCGUUAAUUUAUUUGAGCCGUAUAUCGAAGAAAUUUUUAAUCACUUAAGGGGAGAGCCGUUCAGGAAGUUUUUGGAGAGUGAAAAGUACACCCGUUUCUGUCAGUGGAAGAAUUUAGAAUUAAAUAUGCAGUUGACAAUGAACGACUUCAGUGUGCAUCGAAUAAUUGGCAGGGGUGGUUUUGGUGAAGUUUAUGGCUGCCGGAAAGCGGACACGGGGAAAAUGUACGCAAUGAAGAGCCUCGACAAGAAGCGUAUAAAAAUGAAACAGGGCGAAACUUUAUCUCUGAAUGAAAGGAUAAUGCUUUCGGCAGUCAGUACAGGAGUGGAUUGUCCGUUUAUUGUGUGCAUGACAUACGCCUUCCAAACGCCGGACAAGCUUUGUUUCAUUUUGGACCUGAUGAAUGGUGGCGACCUUCAUUAUCACAUUAGCCAACAUGGUGUGUUCAAUGAGAGGGAGAUGAAGUUCUACGCAGCUGAAGUGAUAUUAGGAUUAGAACACAUGCACCGUAGAUUCAUCGUUUACCGGGACUUAAAACCUGCAAAUAUCCUUCUAGACAAGCAUGGUCAUGUCAGAAUAUCGGAUUUGGGAUUGGCCUAUGAUUUUUCAAAGAAAAAGCCGCAUGGAAGUGUUGGUACACAUGGAUAUAUGGCGCCAGAAGUACUGUCGAAGGGAGUUACCUAUGAUUCCAGUGCGGACUGGUUCUCAUUUGGCUGUAUGUUACAUAAAUUAUUAAAAGGUCACAGUCCAUUUAGGCAUCAUAAAAUGAGAGAGAAACACGAGAUAGAUCAGAUGACACUAACCAAGAAGGUUGAGCUACCGGAAACAUUCUCGCCAGAGCUACGUUCGUUAAUGGAAGGUUUGCUGGAGCGAGACAUCAACAAGAGAAUCGGUUGCCGGGGAGGAGGGGCGGACGAAUUAAAAGAACAUCCUUUUUUCAAGGGUAUUGACUGGCAACAAGUUUAUCUUCAGAAAUACACGCCGCCACUUAUACCGCCACGCGGUGAAGUUAAUGCCGCGGACGCCUUUGAUAUCGGGUCCUUUGACGAAGAGGACACAAAGGGUAUCAAAUUAACGGAAGCUGAUCAAGAACUCUACAAAGAUUUUCCUUUAGUAAUUUCGGAGAGAUGGCAGGCUGAGGUUGCAGAGACUGUGUUUGAGACAGUUAAUCUUGAAACGGACAAGAUAGAAAGCAAAAAGAAAGCAAAACAGAAACAAAGGUUUGACACAGAUGAAAGAGGCUCAGAUUGCAUUUUACAAGGUUAUAUUAAGAAAUUAGGCGGUCCUUUUGCCAGCGCGUGGCAGACGCGUUAUGCUAAACUGUACCCCAAUCGAUUAGAAUUAUAUCCUGAAUCCACAGUGAAGCCAGAACUUGUUUUCCUUGGUCAGGUAGAAGAAGUCAGUGCGGAUCUUCAACAAGUAAAAGGAGAACAGUGUAUUAUCGUUCGUAAGAGAGAUGUAAAAAUAGUGCUCACAAAUCCAGAUGAAAUCAGUUUAAAAGAGUGGGCGGUAUCGUUGAGGUCCGCGCACAAGUAUUCUAUGGAAAUGUUGGGAAACAUGGCGAAGAAGGCUGGCAAAAUCUAUGGAACGAAUGGCAACUAGCCCAAUGCUGUUACCUGUAUGCCGUUGUCAUACUCCAGCCCCACUGCCUACCAGCAGCAGCAACUUUUUUUAUACUGAGAAUCAACACGGAGAAAGAAAGAGGGAAAGAGAGGGGGAGAGAGAGAGAGAGAGAGAGAGAGAGAGAGAGAGAGAGAGAAAGAGAGAGAAAGAGAGAGNNNGCCAUUGAAGAAUUCCAAGGAGAAUGGCACCGAGUGGCGUCUUUCCACAAUUGGAACCAAAAGUGUAUCUAGGUCUCGUGAACUUUGAACGGCGGAUAGCGUCGCGCUGUAUAGAGACUCUAGGAAGUAGUGUCGUACGAAUCGUCACUUCGUUAUAUUUGUACGUUAGCUGUAUGUGCAAUGUGACGUAGAAAUUAGCAAUUGAUCAAUGCCCAUUCAGUAUACACUCUUACGAAUACAAAAUUCGCGGACACAGGAAAUUGUACACUCGUUACACGCGGUACACGCAUAGACAUAAACACACACGACACGCAGACGACACGGACAGAAAUGCAACCAGUAGUAUAUUAUUGUUAUAUCGAUACGAAAAGUAUGCCCUGGCCCCGAUUAUACUUCUCUACCGUUUUAUACCGUUCGUUUACUUAAUUUAUUUAACUAACGCAGGACAAUUUUAUAUUGUGGUUACGUAUUAGUAACAUGCGCGCAAAUUCGUUUAUUUAUUGUGUUGAAAGAGAUAUGAGAGAAAGAGAGAGUGAGAGUGUGAGAGUGUGAGAGAGUAUGUAUGUGAGAGAAAGUGAGAGAAAGUGAGAGAACGAGAGAGCUCGAACAGUUUGUACAUUGUCGGUAGCCAACCGAAGAUGGUUAUAAUAAUUGUAUACGCUCGAGUAGGUACUGGCGAGUUCGCUCCGGCAAUAAAAUUGUGCGACGAACGCAGACUUUGUAUAUAUUUCUUUAUUCCACUUGGUCCUGUAUACAAAAUGAUGGAAAAGGAACAGAAGUAGAUGCAUAAAUUGAGAAUACUGAGAAAGUUGAUAUUAUUAUGAAAAAAGCAAUCAUUGUCCUUUACUUCUUUUACACAGUGUUGUACAGCAACCAUAGUGAAGACUCGUUUAUCUUUAGAAAUCUUGAAUGACGACUAUUAUAGUAUUGCACUGCAUGUAUAACCUUUUUUUAUACAUGUGUAAGGAAAAUAUCUUUCAAAUUGUUUUCUACGACUCAUUCGUUAUCACUAUACAGAAUGUCGGACAUAGAAUAUGACAAACUGUUUUUGACAACUAUUUUAGCAAUUAUUACUGACAAUAAAAAUUGUUA